AUGUGCGUCGCCUAUUUUGCUUUUCAUUUUAGCUCACUUUGUGUCACUGCACGACAUAUUGAGGCGUUGAAAUCUCUUCGAGUUCAAUCUGCCGUAUUUGAUGUGAAAAAUUAUGGUGGUAAAGCCGAUGGCAAGUCAGAUAUUAGCAAGGCAUUAUUGGGCGCGUGGAAAGAGGCUUGUUCAGCAAAGGGUUCCAACAUAGUUGUGGCAAAAACCUUACUUUCGAUCGCUUCGAUCACUGCACCAGGAGAUAGCGUCAAUACAGAUGGAAUUUCACAUCGGGCAUUCAAACGGGAUCAACAUUAUAAUUCAAAUAUUGCCAACGGCGAUGACUGCAUCUCCAUUGGUGGUGCCAGCGAACAAAAUAAGGAUCACAAACGUACGAUGUGGACAGGACAUGGCAUUAGCGUGGGAAGUUUAGGAAGACCACUGAUGAAUUGUCUCCGGAAUUUUCGUAAGGAACUGCACCUCUAUGACACCGACAAUGGAGGAGAGAAUUAA